UGCCCAGUGGUCCUGCACGAAUUGUCAGGCAGGAGCAUUAUACGGAUAGCUUUAAUAACCGGUGUCACUGACAUCAUAGCAUCAUUGACGUAGUCUCUCUGUUGAAUGGGGGCAUGCUGUUAAAUAAUGAAUUUUGCUCGGAUCACGUGGUCAAGCCUCUAAAUAAUUCAAACCGUUUUUACAUCACGAUACCCCCAGUCUGUACUUGCCCGGCUGGGAAGCUCGCAAAUACAGCAUCGGAAAUGGAGAUUUAGCAGGGCCCCAACGACACUAAUCCGCACGGGGCAAAAGCGACUAGCAUCCUUGAGCCACCAAACCUCUACUGAGAUGAGGACAGAAGCUGUCAUGGACUGUCUGUGAGGAGUGAAGAAAAAUAGAGCGAGAGAGUGAGGGCUAGAGAGAGCAAGAGAGAGAGGGAGGGAGAGAAGGAGAGUGAGUGCCACUCCCAUCCAGCCUUCAGUCACAACAUUGGGUAGUGGGUUCCUCCCUCCCCCAACCCCACCAAGGCCUUGCCUAACACAGAGAGACAAAGCAUCCCCUCUUCCACCUGCCUAAGGUUGCCUACCUUCCCCUUCUCUGCCCCUACCCAGGAUUUAGCCUUGUGACUCUAGGGUAGCCCCUCCCAAGAUGAGCGCAGUCUUUGCCAAACUGGACCCCCGUCGGGUCCAGUGGCAGUCGACAUGGUACGCCUUCCACUCUCGCAUCCUGCGGACCAAGCCUGUUGAGUCCAUGCUGGAUGGAGGCGGGGGUGGGACUGGCCCACAUGGCACCAAGCUGGCACGGGUUCUGACCACGGUGGACCUGGUGUCCCUAGGCGUGGGCAGCUGCGUUGGCACUGGCAUGUACGUGGUUUCCGGGCUCGUCGCCAAGGAGAUGGCUGGCCCCGGGGUUAUCAUGUCCUUCAUCAUUGCAGCGGUGGCCUCUAUUCUCUCAGGAGUGUGUUACGCGGAGUUCGGCGUGCGUGUACCUAAGACUACAGGCUCAGCCUACACCUAUAGCUACGUGACCGUGGGCGAGUUUGUGGCUUUCUUCAUUGGCUGGAACCUCAUCCUGGAGUACCUGAUUGGCACAGCGGCGGGGGCCAGUGCACUCAGCAGCAUGUUUGACUCCCUGGCCAACCACACCAUCAGUCGCUUCAUGAUCAACAACAUUGGAACCCUCAACGGCCUGGGGAAGGGUGAGGAGUCGUACCCGGACCUCCUGGCCCUGGUUAUUGCCAUCCUGGUGACAGUGAUCGUAGCCCUGGGGGUGAAGAACUCUGUGGGGUUCAACAACGUGCUGAACGUCAUCAACCUGGUGGUGUGGGUCUUCAUGAUGGUGGCCGGCCUCUUCUUCGUCAGUGGAUCCAAUUGGGACAAUGGCAGGUUUCUGCCUUAUGGCUGGUCUGGGGUCAUGCAAGGUGCUGCCACCUGCUUCUAUGCCUUCAUCGGGUUUGACAUCAUCGCCACUACAGGCGAGGAAGCCAAGAGUCCCAACACUUCCAUACCCUACGCCAUCACCGCCUCCCUGGUGACCUGCCUGACGGCUUAUGUCUCCGUCAGCGUUAUCCUAACCCUGAUGGUUCCCUAUAACGACAUCGAUGGUGACGCGCCACUGAUGGAGAUGUUCGUGGUGCAUGGGUUCCAAGCGGCCAAGUACAUUGUGGCCGUUGGCUCCAUCGCAGGGCUGACCGUCAGCCUGCUGGGCUCCCUAUUCCCCAUGCCCCGAAUCAUCUACGCCAUGGCGGGGGACGGCCUGCUUUUCAGAUUCCUGGCCCAUGUGAGCACGUACACAGAGACACCAGCGGUGGCCUGUGUGGUUUCGGGGUUCCUGGCAUCCCUGCUGGCCUUGCUGGUCAGCCUGCGGGACCUGAUCGAGAUGAUGUCUAUCGGCACCCUCCUGGCCUACACCCUGGUGUCCGUCUGCGUCCUCCUCCUGCGCUACCAGCCCGAGAGCGACAUCCACGGCUUCGUCGACUUCCUGACCGAGGAGGGCGGCAAGAAGAAGGAGGGCGUGCUGGCCGAGUGCGAGAAGGACGCCUGCUCCCCUGCCAGCGAGGGCGAGGAGUACGGGGGCCCGCCCAACAACACCUGCGGCGCCAAGAACCUGCCCUCACUGGGCGACAACGAGAUGCUAAUCGGAAAGCCAGACAAGUCGGCCUAUGCCCCCGGCCACCCCAACUACGGCACGGUGGAGAUGGGCUCCGGCAUCGAGGCGGAUGAGUCGGAGAGCGUCUACGUCAUGAAGCUGAAGAAGCUCCUGGGGCCCCGAUACUACACCCUGCGCAUCCGCCUGGGCCUGCCCGGCAAGAUGGACCGGCCCACGGCCGCCACAGGCCGCACCGUCACCACCUGCGUCAUGCUCCUCUUUGUCCUCAUUGCGCUCUUCUGCUCCUUCGUCAUCUUCGGAGCCCAGCACAUCUCCAGGAGCAGCUGGUGGGCGGUGCUGCUGGUGGCCUUCAUGGUGGCGCUGAUGGCCGCCCUGAUCUUCAUCAUCCUGCAGCAGCCCGAGAACCCCAAGAAGCUGCCAUACAUGGCGCCAUGCGUGCCCUUCGUCCCCGCCUCCGCCAUGCUCGUCAACAUUUACCUCAUGCUCAAGCUCUCCAGUAUUACCUGGAUCCGAUUCGCUGUCUGGUGCUUUGUGGGCCUGCUGAUCUACUUUGGUUAUGGCAUGUGGAACAGCACCCUGGAGAUCACGGCCAAAGAGGAGGAGGCUCACGCUAGCACCUACCAACGCUACGACGCAGGUGUGGAUGACAGCUUUGCCAUGGACGAAGACCUAUACCCGCAGGACGAUGGGAGCCAGUACCAGGGUUGGAAUGCCCCUGAGGAGAGGGGUUGCCAGUACCAAUACCAGUACCAGCAACCUCCUGCACCCGACGAGCUGGACGACAACAGAACCUCCUCACAGGGCAAGAGAACCAAAAGCAAAGGCAAAACCAAAAAGGGUUUUGAGGCCCUGGUCGCAGACGAUGAGAUGGACUACUCACCUGAAUGACUCUUUGGAUAAAUGUUUUUACCAAGGCCCUUGAGUCUAGAAUGUUAUCUUCCUGUUAGCUUCUUCUACCAUUCUUUCUCUCUUUCUUUUCCCUGUAUUUUAUCCUUUCUAUGUCCUUAUUUGGUUAUUUUAUUUAUGAUUUUAGUAGACAGCUUCAUUUGGUUGAGGUGACUUGACACUUAAUGUGUUGUUUUAGAUGACCAUCUUCUCUGGGGCAAAAAUUCUACAAUAAUGGCUUGCACAGGAAACCUGUCAUUUAAGAUCAAUGCACAGGGUGUCCUGUUUCUGAAAAAUAUUCAUUUGAAAAAAGAAACAUUGCUGGAAAUGCACCCAACUAUGCUGCUGAAGGCAGUUAUUUCCAUUACAUAUACCUCAAGAAGCAUUCAGGAUGCUUCCUGAAGCAUGCUUCUUUCCUAUGACACCAGGAGGUACUUUCCCUUCUUUCCAUUCUCCCUCUCUCUCUCUCACCCUCUUCAGGUGGCUAUGGAUUUUUGUGAGAAAUAAGUUGUGCACCAGUUGUGUCUUCUGCAAUGUUAAUUUCUCAUCAGUGCCACAACUUAUGCAGUUUAACCCAGCCAGUAGUAUAAUCGAAAGGUCCGUCUCAACCGUUCAAGCUGAAAUGAUUUGAUGCAUCGUAUGAAUGCUUAUAAAUAGGCACGUCUGAGGACAGUACUGGUGGUGAUGGAUGUUCUGUUCCUUACUUUACAAAAAUUUACCGGACUCUUGAAUAGGAGUGGCUAGUCCUGUUCCUGGAGAGUUGCAGAGUCUACUGUAUUUCAUUGUACCACAUCUUAGCUGGCUUUGUGUGUCCAGACAGAUGGAAUAGAAGAGCAUACUCUCUGGUUGCUGUACUGAGUCUGCGUCAAUGCUCAAAGAGUAUAUGCCCCAAGUAUUCCUCUGGUUGUUCCCUUCCAGAGUAUUGAUUUUCAUUCAUCAACACUAGGAAGCUUAGCCAGAUGUCACAGUCUUUACACAACCCCCUUCAAAGCCCCACCAUGUGUGUAAACAUCUUUCGGCCUUGCUUAUAUUGUAUCUUUUAUUCUUUUGUUCAGUGUGUUUGGUGUUGGAUGCUGUUUGUACAUAAGAGGCUGAUUAUAGGGUGUAGCCUUCUGUAGCCUUGAAGCUGUUUUUCCAGUUCAUUGACUGCAUUAGAAUGCUAGUUAUAUAUGACAAAAUAAGCUACAAUUUAAUAUAACUGGUUCAUGGGUUUAGUUGGUCAAUUAUGUUUUGGCCAGCCAUACACUUUAUUGUGGGUAUUCUUCUCAGAAUGUCCCCCGGGUGCCUUUGAAGUCAGGCCAAGGCCAUGUAAAAGGUCAGGUGUACUUUGCAGGGUCUUCAGACAUGCAGUGACAUCAUUGUUGGUGUGAGGUGAACCUGAAGAUGACACUUCCUUCCUGUGUGAGUCUCUACACAGGCUUUCUCAUGUGUCCCCUCUGUGUCAUUCUGCGGCAUCUACCACCAGGAGAGAGUACAGGGGGAUUGGUAGCGAGAAACAAAUAGUAAACUGGACUUAGCUUGCAAUUGUUCCUAUAGGGCAUAGCUAUAAUGCGAGAGAGAAUGAUAUAGAUGGUUCCAUUACUGCCAGUUCUGAAUACUGUUUUCUUCUGCGUUGCAGUAUGAUUCAUUUAAUCUCCAUAGCUUGUGUGUAGCUGUAGACACAUGGCUAGAGUGGUUUUAAAGAAAUUUGGGAUGAGGCCCCAAAAUCAAUCUAGUUCCAUGAAGAAAUUUCCAUCCCUGCUUGCAAAGAGAGGCCUUAUCUUUGUAGUGCACUAAAUUCUGCCCUCCACCCUAUGGUACUUUUCCUCCAUAUAAACCUCCCCAUAUCCCACCAAUAGACAGCUCCCUGACUCCUAUAUUGUUAUAUCAACACUAGUGUGCUUCCUGCAAGAUUACAGUGAUGUUAUGAGUGCACAUUAUAUGUCAGCCAAUUUUCAUCCAGAGCAGGAGGUCACAAUCUCUGUGAUUGCUGAAGAUUAUCUUUGAAAAUUGACAAGCUGACAAGUUGGCAUGCUCAACUAUGUGUUUAGCCAGAAAACAGUGUGUAUGUAUGGCUGAAUGGGAAACAGGACAGGACUUUAUUAACAUUGUUCUUGAUGUUCUGACAUUACAGUAGGGGGAUUGUUACAGUAUAACGGAAGUUUACAACAUCUACACCCUUACAGUAAAGGUGUGUUUCAGGAAUGGUUUUGGACAGUUGAAUGGUAAUGAAGGGUUCAGUGCAUAAUGUCCAGACAGUAUACUAAAAGAUACAAAUUGCUGGUCUCUUGAAAAAUGCUCACACCCUUAUCUGUUUUUAUGGAAUCCUUCCAAGAAGUAAACCAAAGUUGGAAAUCCAUUUGUCAAAACAUAACCUGAUUAAUUUCCAUUAAAUUCCAGUUAGGUACAGCAAAUAAACUGUUGGAUGCAAUAGACACAAAAGGAAAUAAAGCUGUUUUUAACAAGCUGUUCAUAACCGUCGAGCAAUGGGAGAAUUAGCAAUCAGAACACUACAAAUGGGUGGAGCUACCAUAUUCUACCAGUAAUUCAUUGAUUUGUACCAAUGAUUUAUUAUUUUUUGUUAAGAUUAAAAUAUGUUUAUUGGUUUAAACAAAUCAGUGACUGACAGGAUAUUGUAACUCCACCCAUUGUGAUUCCUCAUUUUCCCAUUAGUAGAAGAGACCUUUGUCUUUGGGUAACAUGGGGUGCGAGUGAUCACUGUGAUGGGUGGAUUUUGGUGAGAAUGUAUUAGAAAACAUUUUGGACUGCGCCCCACUUGCCCAAGCUCCCUGUGAAGAGAAAAAAGCUUAUUUUUAAUAGUCUUUCCUGGGGGACAGUAUAAACCUCCAAUGAAAACAUUUUUUCUACCUGAUUACAGAACCCAGAUUUUUCCAAAUGGAAAGAAUUUAAGUGAAACAGACAAAUAAACUUGUGUAAGCAUACAAACCUAUUUUGUUACUGAUCAUUAAAUGAAAAUGUUAAAAAAACACUUGUCACUAUUGCUUUUAAAGUCAGCUACUAAAAACUCCAAAAAAGACAAAGAAAAUAUACAGUAUGUAUGUCUUACCGUUGUCGUCUUUGUUUGGCUUCCCCUGUAAAUUUAAUGUGUUUUUGCUGUAUAUUUUGUGAAUCUGGAAUGAAUUUGCUGUAUGCUGAUUUGUUGGAUUUUUUUCCCUUGUGUGGUUUUGCCCCCGUGGUUCAUAUAAAGACAUGUUGAAGCUGCCUUCAUGCAACAAUGAAAUUUAUUUAUUGCAGAUAUGUUAUCAAGUGUAUAGCGUGUCUCUUACUUUACCAUUGUUUGAUCACAAUAUAUCAUAAACACUUGAAAUAAAUAUUUCAUAAAAAUGUGUAUAUUUUACUAAAGCAA